CGCACAUGAACAGGCGAUAAUAACUUACAGACCAAAAUGAAGACACUGGUGAUUCUCUCACUGGGCCUAGCAGUGGCUCUAGGACUGCCCGUGUUAGUUCCUGAUGUAGUACAAAAACCUGUUUUGACUGAGGAAGAAAAGAGCCCUUUGCUGGGAGAUUCGGUUCCCGUGCAGGGUCAUGUCGUGGUGGAGGAUCCUGCACCACAGGUCAGACUAGGCUCCAUAGAGCAGCAGGAAAAAGUAGCACCAGACACAGACCAAAGUCCUCUGAAUGUCCAGGUCAAAAAAGAUAGCAUUUUGGAACAAGAGGUUGAAGUAAAGCCAGAAGACAAGGUGGAUUCAGAGCUCAAAACAGAGGAAGAAGUUAAGGUGGAGGGAGACGUUAAGGUAGAUCCAAAAGCUAAAGCAGAUACAGAAGUACACCUGAAUCCAGAAGUUAUGGCAGAGCUAGAGGUUAAAGUAAAGCCAGAAGACAAGGUGGAUUCAGAGCUCAAAACAGAGGAAGAAGUUAAGAUGGAGGGAGACGUUAAGGUAGAUCCAAAGGCUAAAGCAGAUACAGAAGUACACAUGAAUCCAGAGGACAUGGCAGAGCUAGAGGUUAAACUAAAGCCAGAAGACAAGAUGGAUCCAGAGCUCAACGUAGACCAAGAUUUAAAGGUGGAAUCAGAGGUUAAGGUGGAACCAGAUGUUCAGUGGGAGCCUGAAGUAAAGCCGCAAGAGGUUCAAGAGGAGAUUCAGAUGGAGAUGAACCAUGACGAGGAGACUGAAACCGGUCUGGAGAUUGAAGAAAGGCACAUUGACAUGGAGGGAAGAAACGAAAUGGAUGACGACAACAUGUUUGAAGAGCAGCUGAGCGAUACAGAGCAAGGGCUUAUGGGUAGGAGCAAUAAUGUUUUAGAUGAAAAACCAAUCAUGGAACUCGAACCCGAGAUGAGAGAAGAGCACUUUCUGGAUCAACAGGUCAUGCCAGGUUCUGCUAUAAUGGAUGAAGGGCCAGCGUUGGACAUAAUGGGGCAGCAGAUUCAACCUUUAGGGCACUAUUUCCCAAAUGAAGAGGCUGUGAUGGGGAUGGAGCUUGCAAAACAGCGUAACUCGGACUAUCUGAUGAUGGAGGGAGCAGGGAAUGAGUUUGUCAGGGAGGAGGAGUCUCCAAUGGAUGGCAUGCCACUGUUUGAGGAGCCAGCAAUGGAAGACAGUCCUCUGUUUGACGAAGGUGUUCAGAAUGGUGUGGUGCCUGAAAGAGAAAAUAGGACUUUGCUGCGGCAGGAAAUUGGAAACCCUGUAGAGAGAAGAUCAGCAAAAGCCACAAGGCAGUGCUCUUGUCCUGGUGUGGUACUGGAGAGGAAGUGUUACCAGUUCUUCAGAGGACCAAAGAGGGCUUCAGAUGCUGAGUACUUCUGCCAGACACUUUCCCCUGGUGGCCACCUGGCCUCCAUCACAAGUCAAUACAUCCACAGAGAGGUGAUGAACCUGAUGUGGCGGCAAAACGGAGCAUACACACGCUCCUGGAUUGGAGGACUACGAUAUUUGGAGACUGGUCGCUUUAUCUGGUUGGAUGGAUCCCCCUGGAGCUAUGCUGAUUGGCUGUCAGGGGAGCCCAAUGACACAGCAAACGUGGAGGAUUGUCUGGAAGUGCUGUCAUUUGGAAAUGGGAAGUUCAAUGACUUCACAUGCUGGGAACCUCAAGCAUUCAUCUGCUCCUUCCCUUAUUAGUGAAUAUACAGUGUGCUCCUUUCCAAUCUGCUUCUUUGUCUGAUUUGAUGUUGGAUGCAGAGUUUGUUGCUUUUUUCUUUUGUUGUACGGUAAAUAAUAUCUUGAAAAGCAAAUGGAACGACACCACACAAUGUCUUAAAAAUCAGAACUCCUAAGCAUAUUGUACAUCAUAUUUAGUUAUGGUGUUCUUUGUUUUAUAUAAUAAGAUAAUAUUUUGUAAAUAAAA